AUGACCAAUUUGGAGGUUCUUGAUUUAAGUAAUAAUCUAUUCAGGAACGACACUUUUGCAUUCCUUUCUGGCCUUCCGAGUCUAAAGUCCCUGUAUAUGGGGUACAACCAAUUGCAAGGCUCAAUAGAUAUUCAAGAUAGUGGGAGACAGCUGAACUUGACCCAUUUAGAAGAAUUUGAUUUGAGUGAUAAUCUCAUUAAUGACAACAUAUUUGCAUCACUUAGCGGGCUUUCAAAUUUGAAAUCUUUGAAUGUAAGCUCCAAUCAGUUAAAUGGAUCAAUAGAUAUGAAAGCCAAUGGAAGCAUUCCACGACUACCAACAAUUAGUAUAUGCAUUCCCAUCAGUUUAAGACCUUCUAAUCUAGCAAGGGAAUUACUUAAACAAGGACUAUGGUCUACUCCAAGAUCAAGAAUUGCAUGUGUGGAGCAAUGUGGAGGAAAUAUUUCUAGGAACUGUUCUUAUCCUGUCAACAACAGACAUUUUGCAAAGGCAUGGAGUAUUCACUUCUCUUUAAAACUUUGUCUUUUAAGUAACUGUCGACUUAUUGGUUCCUUGCCUAUUCAAGGUUGGUGUGAUCUAAGGAACCUUAAGAGUUUGGAUAUCAGUGGGAAUGCACUUGAGGGGAUACUUCCUUAUUGUUUGGGUAACUUGACAUCUCUUCUUGAGUUAGAUAUCUCCAACAAUCAAUUUACUGGAAAUUUGACUCCUUUAGCAAAUCUUUCAUCACUUAGAUUUGUCUUCCUUUUCAAAAAUUGUUUGCAAAUUUCAAUGCCAUUCUUGUCACUUGCAAACCUUCCAAAUCUCAAGUGUCUUUGGGCUGAUGAAAAUAAUAUGGUAAUGGAACCAAAUUCCUUUCAUACUUCAACUCCGAAGUUCCAACUAAAUUUCAUUAGCUUGUCAAAGUGUACAACAGAUAAAGGACCUAGUCUACAACCUCCUAAGUUCCUUUAUUACCAAUAUGACUUGAGAUAUGUUGAUCUUUCCCAUAACAAUUUCAGUGGAACAGUCCCGUUAUGGUUGCUAGAAAACAACACAAAAUUAGAAAAUCUCAUCUUGUUGGGUAAUUCUUUCAUUGGUUCUCUCUUGUUACCACAUCUUUUUCAUCCUAAUGUGUCUUUAAUUGACAUAUCUGAAAAUAAAUUACAAGGUCAAAUUUCGACAAACAUAUGUUCAACUUUUCCAAAUUUGGAAUUGUUAUUCUUAUCUAAGAAUGCCUUUGAAGGUAAUAUCCCUCCUUGUUUAAGUGGCAUGAACACGUUAUCAAUUUUAGACUUAUCGGGCAAUCAUUUGUCUGGAAGAGUACCAGAAGAGUUGAUCAAGAGAAGCUCAUUAGAUAUUCUUAGGCUAUCGAAUAACAACCUAAGUGGAAAAAUUGUUCCUAUGAUGUUCAACACAAGCAAGUUGUCAAAUUUGUAUUUGGAUGGCAAUAAUUUUGCUGGAGAGAUUCCUGAUAUUGAUGUCUCUGCUAUUGAUUUUUCACAUUCAUCACUAGAGAAUAUUGAUCUCAGUAAUAACAGUUUUAAUGGAAAGCUCCCAAGAUGGAUAGGGAAUUUAUCGCAUUUGAAGGGAUUGGCAUUGUCCAACAACCAUUUCGAAGGUUCUAUUCCAAUGGAAUUGUGCGACUUGUAUGAGCUUGAAUUUUUGGAGCUUUCUCAAAACAAUUUAUCUGGCUCUAUUCCAUCUUGUUUCAAUUCACCAUAUUUGACACAUUUCCACGUGAAGAGAAACAAACUAAGUGGUCCAUUGACACUUGCUUUUAAUAGCUCUUCAUUAGUGACAUUAGAUCUUAGAGGGAAUGAUUUGACUGGUAAUAUUUCAAAAUGGGUUGGCACACUUUCUGCUUUAAGUGUCCUUCUUUUGAAAGAUAAUCAUCUAGACGGUAGAAUUCCAGUUCAAUUAUGCAAGUUGGAUUUAUUGAGCAUCAUAGAUCUUUCUGGAAAUAUGUUUUCUGGUCCAAUACCUUCUUGUUUGGGUAAUUUAACUCUGGCAAUGAAUGAGGUGAAGUCUUUCGUAGAUGUUUCUUUGUAUACACCAAAUUCAAUAUACAAUUCAUUUUAUUUAUAUCAUUAUCCUAAUAGCUACAUGGAAGAAUGGAUAGAGUUUACAACAAAGAGUGUGUCCUAUUCAUACGGUGGUGACAUUCUUGAGUACAUGUCUGGGAUUGAUUUAUCUUGUAACAGGUUAACUGGGCAAAUCCCAUUCGAACUGGGAAACUUGAGUGAAAUCCGUUCGUUAAACUUAUCACACAAUAACUUGGUCGGAGUUAUACCUUCAUCAUUUUCACAACUUAAGCAAAUUGAGAGUUUGGACCUUUCUUACAACAACUUGAGUGGUAGAAUCCCUAUACAGUUGGUUGAGCUGAACUUUCUAGAGGUUUUCAGUGUGGCACACAACAACUUGUCAGGUAGUACUCCAAAACCAAAAGCUCAGUUUGGGACCUUUGAUGAAAGCAGUUACGAGGGAAAUCCUCUUCUUUGUGGGCCUCCACUGCAAAAUAACUGCUCUAAAAUUGAGUCACCACCAACAGUACCAACUACAGCAGACAAUGAAGGAGAAGGUAGUUUCAUGGAUACAUAUGUUUUUUGUGAUGAGUUGUGGAUUGGUACUCAUAUUGUUGAGAAAGAGUCCUUUGAUGAUUUUGCACUUUCAACAGAGCUUUUUGUCUCUGUCGGAACUCUGUUUUUGGUAUUCGUUUUGUUUUGA